CAAACCCCGCUCUUCUCGAGGCGCUAAUGACGCCCGCCAGUAGAAUUCAAAUAGUGAACACCUCUGAUCCAGUGAACAGGAUGCAUACCGUGAUACACCCCACAGUGAUAUCCAAUGACGCGCUUAUUAUCUCUUUGCGUCUUCCUCUACCUUGUUGAAGUCAUUCAAGCUGCACCUACAACAAAUACAACAACUACUACUACUACUAGCGACAGUGUCAAAGACCCGUCAUUCACGACCAGAACCAUAUGGUCUAUCAUUUCCAGCUCCGUUCUCACUCUUUUUGCAUGCAUAUACAGUGCCAUCCAUCCUAAUAUUCCGAAUCCUAAAGAUAGUCCUAGUCGUAUCCUACUGCGGCGACUUAGCAUGAUGGUCAUGGCACUAAUCGCUCCUGAACUGAUUGUCACAUGGGCUAUGCGUCAAUGGUUCAGUUCUCGCCUUAUUACAAGAGAGUUCAAUGAUGCGGGGUAUCCCAACGUUUGUCCGGAGUCCGAGUCUCCCAAAAUGAAUUUUGUUGAAGUACCUGCGACAGGAAAUCGACAUUGGUUCCUUCAACUUCUCGCAGCACUUGUUAGAGGUGUACCAUCUUUGCCGGUGUUUCUUUUGCGUUGCCCUGGCUCUUUUGCGAGGUCCGUCAAAAAGUUCGUCAAGGCAUAUUUCUCAGAACAAUCUGAAGAUCCAACGUGGACUCAGACGCACAGCUUCUUUAUGCUGAUGGGUGGUUUCAUGCUUUAUGUGGAUGGGAAACCCUACUGUACACUACGGCAUGGUGACAUUCUCAAACUGAUACGUAAGAAGUGUAUCGACGUCCCUACCCUAACGGCAAACCAGAUCCAUGACAAGAGCAAAGGCGAUGGGAUAUCGAAAGGAUUGAUCAUCCUUCAAGCGGCCUGGUUUGUUAUGGAACUCAUCACUCGCACCAUCUAUCGCCUCGAAACCACCCAGCUUGAAGUGGGAACACUCGCUUUUGCAGUUCUCAAUUUCCUCACUUAUGCUGUGUGGUGGGACAAGCCUCUCAAUGUGCAAUGUACACAUCCAGUGUACUGGAAGUUGACCGAGUCAAGGCCAGAGGAUCACAUUGAUCAUUUCCGCGACAGAGAUGAGCCAGAUAAGCCAGAUGAGCAGUAUCAUUCUUACUAUCAUAAGCUCGCUGUCGCUGUCCUUUAUUUCAUGGUUCUAGUCUUGCGCUCAAUCAAGGAGCUGCUAGGUUUUCGGUCAAUCCCCACAUCUCGAAGGUUCUAUGUUCCAACAUUUGAUGGUAGCGUUAAUCUCGAGGAUGCGGACAAAAAAGUUCUUCUGCUUGCUGGAUUGCUAAUGGCAUCCAUAUUUGGCGGCGUCCAUUGCAUGGCUUGGUUUUUUGCCUUCACCACAUACCGGGAACAGGUGCUAUGGCGCAUGAGUGCUGUCGCUAUAACUUUCAUACCUUGGUAUUUUUAUUGUGUGAAGUUCUUAAUACCCGCUUCAGUAAAGCAUUACGUCCAGUCGGCGUACAGUCCACUGCUAGAACAUUUCUCCUUCUUCACUUUAGUACGGGCCGUCUUGGCCUUUGCAUAUAAUUUGAUUUUUUCGGGAUGUUUUUGGUUGUACAUCGGGACUCGUGUCAUUCUCUUGGUACUUAUGUUCACCACUUUACGCAAUCUUCCCCCUGACGCAUACAAAGCGGUGUCGUGGACUAGUUUGGUGCCGCACUUAUAGUUUCUGAUGACAGUACUGGUGAUACACUUCAUACUUUUGUAAUGAUGAUGCAGGUACGGUACACCUAACCUUGCUACUCAGUUCGGGCGCAUGUUUUGGGCCAAAAGAUCCGGAGGGUCUUUUCACAAAAAACUUUCACUGACCUCUGGUUGCACUGGUCACGAGUGCACGCUGCCUUAGUUCUCGUUUGACACUU